AUGCCAGGAGUGUCGCUGGACACUGAGAACCUCUCCAACAUAGCGGACAGACUCGAAGCCGAGCAUCAGAGUCUAAAUCCGGCCUUGGAGGGCCCGAGGGACUUGGAAGCGUUGGGGGACAACUUGGAAGCGUUGGAGAUCGAUGAUGAGGCGUGUACAAUGCAACCAGUUGGAGAUACGGCAGCGUAUUUCUCAGGAGAAUUCUCUUACUGGAAUUUCUCCAUGCGCAUCAAAAACCUAAUAGAGAGCCAGAUACAAGAACCGGAGAGCCGACGGGGGGCCAAUAGUCAGAAUGAUGACUCGGAUGGUUAUCCACGUGCGCAUCACCUACGUCCUGGGCGUAGCCACUUGUCCGAAGCAAUGUCAUCGUUUCCUCCUGCCAGCAUAUCAAACUUUCUGGUGACAGUCUUUUUCAAGUUUGCUGAGAGUUAUCUCUUCUUCGUUGAACAAAGCUGGGUUUUUGAGAAAUUAGAUCUGCUCUACAAGAGCCCUCAAGCUCUGUCCCAACCUGGUAGUGAAGCGACGGUCAGUAUCCUCCUGACCGUCCUUGCCAUUGGAACACAAUACGCUCAUCUUGAACACACCGACGGAUCUGAUACCACCUCGACGCCAGGCCUCUUGGAGGAAGAGAUAGGCGCCAUGUUUUACCAACAAGCAAUUCGGCUGCUUCCCGAAAUCAUCGAAAUCUCAUCCCUCGAAAGUGUGCAGGCAUGCCUGUUGUUCGGAUACUAUUCAGUGCCGAUUGACGCUUCUGGCCUUGGUUUUAUAUACCUCAACCUGGCUACUAGAUUAGGGAUGCAGAAUGGCAUGCAUCGCAAAUGCAGCAACAGCGCCUUUAACGCAAGCGUAAUCGAGACUCGAAACCGCGUUUGGUGGACGAUCUACGUGGUGGAAAGAGUCUCUGUACAGCUGAUGUACUUUCUCGAAGACAUGUAUCACGAAAUAAACAUCUUGCGCAAUUGUCGAAAGCGAGAGAUAGUCACAAUUGUAUCGCGACUUGUGGCCAAAAGGGACAGUUUGAUCACAUGGUGGCAAUCUCUCCCUCCGGAUACGAUCGGCUCGAAUGAGCAACCAACAAUGACACAGUCACGGUCAGUGAUGCAUCUGAGACUCGAUUACUGCCUGGUGCGCAUGUUUGUUGGGAGGCCGUUUUUAUUGAAGAAAGAUACAAAAGACUCAGCGACAAGUCCAUCCGUUCCCGAAAACAGUCCUGGGACCAACGAAAGAACAGCCUCGAAACUCGGGACUAGCCGAGAAGAGCUGAUAAGCGACUGUAUAAAAGCGGCAACAGAAGCCCUUGAUAUUUGUCAGCAGCUACGGUCGAGCGAGAUGGGUCUUGCUCGGGCCUCGUAUCCCGAAUACAGUGCGUGUAGGGCAUCGUUGCUGGUGCUAAUUGCCUACUCGAUCCGCAAUCUCUCUGAUCAAUUCCGCAAGUCGUUAUGUGAUGGAUUGGAUAUGAUAAGGGAAAUGUCUGCUAUUGGAGAGUCGGCACGUUCUGAAGUCUCCUUGAUCGAGUCGCUUGAACGUGCUCUCGCUCGUCUGCACGCUGGACCACGGCCGAAUGACGUGGGUAGCCGUAACCAAGCAGGUUCCGAUUCGGCAUACGAAGCAUUCCGCAGCUGGGGAGCCACCUUGGCGGGCAAGAAUGGUCUCGAAGCCGCUACAACAGCUGCUCCAAAUGCCUCAGGUAAUCAAGCGGAGACGGACUCCACGUCUGGUUGGCCCGUGGACUUCCAGGCCCUGUCCAGCAUGGACUUUUUCAGUGCUUACGACCCUAUGGCGGAUCCUCUACUUCAACUGCCCUUCUUUGGGACGGAAAAUCUCUCUCCGACUGAUGGAUGGCUUACGCAGUCCGAGACAGAGAUACUUGGGCGAUUCAUUACAGGACCUCACGGAGGAAACUAG